CCGCCCCGCCCGGCGGCGCCGGGGAUGCUGGCUGCUGGCGGCGGCGCUGCCCAGGUGCGGGCCGCGGGGGUGGCGGGGCCGUGCCGGUAAGCGAAGGGGCCGAGGCGUGCGUCGUGGCCUGGCUGACCUGGCAGCCCCGUUGCCGGUAUCCCGGGCGCAGGGCCAUGAGCCGGGCGGAGGCCGAGCCCUGCUCCCGGGCGCUGGCGCAGGCCCGCGUCUACCUGGGCCAGCUGCGGGGUCGAGUGGGCCCGGCGGGGCCCGAGGGCGGCGGGCGCCGGGAUUACCUGGUGGAGGCGGCGCGGCAGCUGCGGCUGGCGCUGGAGCGGGACGUCAGCGAGGACUACGAGGAGGCCUUCAACCACUACCAGAACGGCGUGGACGUGCUGCUCCGCGGCGUGCAGGUUGACCCCAACAAGGAGCGUCGAGAGGCCGUGAAGAGGAAGAUCACACAGUACCUGCGGCGUGCCGAGGAAAUCUUCAAUUGCCACCUCCAGCGGGUGGGGGGUGGCAACACCACUGCCACGGGCUACAGCAGCCUGCGCUUCCGGCCAAUCAGGACACUGAGCUCGGCAGUGGAGAACCUGAGACGGUGUAAGGUUGUGGGAGUGAUUGAUAAGGUGCAGAUUGUCCAGGAUCCAGCCACUGGGGAGACCUUUAUACUCAAGAGCCUCCCCAAAUCCCACGUUGAGACCCGUGAGCGACAGACCAUCAUCCCUCAUGGGGUCCCCUUCAUGGUCAAGCUGUUGUGCUACUAUGUGAGUGAGGACUCCAUCUUCCUUCAUCUGGAGCACGUGGAGGGGGAGACACUGUGGUCUCACGUCCGCUCCAAGUACUGUGUCCAGCAGGACUCUGCUGAUUCAAACACCAUUCACACCCUGAGGGACCAUGGUACAGAAGAUGGUGUGGGAAACUCCCAGGAAGGCAGCCAAGUAUCCAUCUCCCCUGCCUGGAUAGGAAGUGGCCUCCCAGGCUCUGUGAACUACCAAAUAUUGGGAAAUGCUGAUGCCUCACUCCCUCAGGAGCAGUCCCCUCACCCUACAGACUCUGGCUCAGGGAACCUCUGCCAGCUUCUCCUGGCUCCUGCUGGUGRCAUGAGAGCUGCAUCUGGGGGACAGGAUCUGAGUGUGACACAGGCUGUGUCUGGUGGUGUGGACCAUUUCCCAGCAGCGUCAGCCAAAUGUCCUGGCCACCUGGCCACCCAGGGCCUGGUUAUCUACCCAUGGAAYGAUCUAACCAGUGGUGCAAACUGCAAAUCUGAGAGAACAGCCUCACAACAAAGCCCCAAGCUUCCUCGGGGACUCRUCCCUGUACCAAAGACUGUGAGAGGGGGCCAGCCAGGGGCAGGGCGACUGCCAGCUCAGAAAGUGUCUGCGGCUUCCCAGGCUCAGCCCCUCCUGACCUUGGCUGAGAGGCAGCUUCCUGCAGGUGUUGCCCUGUCCAGCUCCAGCAAAUCCUGUGUGCCUGACCCAGCCACGAGGGAGCCCUCACCGGGAGCAAGCCUGACCUGCGGCCGGCUCAGCAAACAGCCACCAUUGGGACAAUGCAAGGCUUUGGGUUCCCAUGGGCACAGCCGGAGAGCGUGGGCUGUAAAGGAGGAGCAGGUGCAGCUGUGGGCAGCAGAAAUCCUCCUGGCCUUAGAGGGACUUCACCAACAGGGUGUAUUGUGCCGGGACCUCAACCCCAGGAACCUGCUGCUUGAUGCAGCUGGACAUGUCCGUCUCACCUUCUUUGGCCARUGGACAGAAGUGGAGCCCCAGUACUGCAGCCAGGCACGGGAAGAGCUGUACAGCGCUCCAGAAGUGGGGGGGAUCACGGAGCCCACUGAAGCAGCUGACUGCUGGAGCUUUGGCUCUCUCUUGUAUGAGUUGCUGACAGGAGUGCCACUGUCCCAAAACCAUCCAUCAGGGAUUCAGCCUCACACCCAGCUGCAUCUGCCAGAGGGCCUCAGCCUGGCUGCUACAUCGCUGCUCACUGAGCUCCUGCAGUACAAUCCAAAACGGCGCUUGGGCUCUGGAGCAGGCGGCAUAACAAAGCUGAAGUCUCACUCCUUYUUCAGCACAGUCCCAUGGAACAAGCUGGUGGGCUAGGCAGGCUGAUCUUCCUUCAGGGAGCUGGGCCCUACACUGCUCCCUGGCACUUGUGACCCCAGGUAACACUCUGGGGCAGGUUUGCCUCAAGGCCUGCCCUGAGGUGGGGCGCACUUGAGGUUUUGCAGCCUUACGUGUCUUUCUGUCUCUGCUUCUGUUGACAUCUCCAAAGAGGAGGCAGCAGGCUGGGCCAGGCUGUCUUCUCCAGGUCCUCCCUGGUAGGAAAAGGAACCUGGGUGCUCAAUCCCAGGAAUAGGUGGUGUUCCCCUCCUUGGGACAUCCCUUGCUCACCUCAGCAUCCUGCCCUGGAACUCCCUCCCUGUUUUUUCUCUGCUGCUACCACAGUGACCCCCCUGCUCUGUUACUUUUUGUGGCUUUUCAGUGCAGCCCCUCCAGGCCCUGCUGGCUGGAGCCUGAGCCCAGGGUCUCUGCCCCUCCCUGACUGCAUGUGUGCUUGUGGGUCAUCCCUGCUGCAGGGGUGAGAGAAGAGGGAGCUCUCUGCUCUUCUCCCCCUCUGAAAAAAAUAAACUACUCAAUUAUCACUUGGAGAAGUGUCCUUUUGUU